GACGGGACUGGAAGAGAUACAUACAUCCUGCUCGACCAGGACUUCAAGAAGGGCUUCCGCGAGCCCCCCGCGGAGUUCAUGUUCGACUUGCGCUCGGGAGGGACCAGGGGUUCCCAUGCCAAAGGCUACCAGCGCUGGUUCAACCCAUCAAAGAGGAGUACAGCCUUUGCGCCAAAGGUGCCGGGCCCUGUCGUGCAGCUGCCGUCCAAGGCCGCGAGCCGAUCAGUCUCCGUACCCAAGAAGCUACCACAG